CCACGCUGCAACCCAUUCGUUGAUAGCUACAUCCCAGACUCAGUGGUUUGCAAUGGCAGAAGAACGAGAAAAUCGUGUGCAGGAUGCGUCAGUUGAAGACCAUCAUCAGCUCACGCAGGUUACCUCUAAAGGUGGCCAAAGCUCGAAUAUUCUCGAUGGCUCUACCCCACAAGUCAAAGGAAACAGCUCAACAAGCAAAGGAUCAAACGACAUCAGCAGGGUCAAUCAGGUGUCAGAACCAGAAAGCUAUGGUCAUGUUGAUAGAAGCAAAGACGAGGGAACCGUCGACGAUGAUGUUGACCAAAGCCCAGACUAUGAGGACAGUGAUGUUGAUCCGAGCGAAGACUGUGAGGGAGCUAUCAAUGAUAAUAUAGAUAGAAACCAUGGCUAUGGAGGAACCAUCAACGAUAAUCAUGAUGAUGUUGAUCGACUCCAAGACGAGGAAUGUAUCGACGAUGAUGUGGAGCCAGACACGAUCCCUUCCAAUCUAGGACCAGGGUUUGUGAACUUUCCCUACAGUGGACACCAACUAGAUCAUGGAGGGGCGUUCGCGCAGGUGCCUCCAUCAAGGACAUCAGGUUUGGACCUAGAGAGAGAACCAUCGACCAUUGUCCAACAGAUCGAUGAGAUGUACCGCUACAGGAGACAGUUUGAUGAAGCUAAUCAUCUCAGGAUGAUGGACAUGGUCGCCACCCUCAUGCAAGAGAUGGAGAUGCUUUCUCUCCAGAACAAAGACCUCAAGCAGCAGGUGAGGUGUCUCAAGGAGGAGAACAGCCACUUGCGGACAUCACCUGGUGGUCUUGUAAAGGAGGUUGGUCAGUUGCAAGAGACGGAGAUGCUCUCUCUUCAGAACAAGGAUCUGGAGCAGCAGGUGAAGCGUCUCAAGAAGGAGAACAGCCACUUGCAGACAUCCUCUGAGGAACUUGUAAAAGAGGUUAAUCGGUUAUAUCAGAACAUGAAACAGGCGGUAGAUAGAGUGUGUUACCUUCAGGAAAGGUGCAAAGAAUUGGAACUUCCGCAAGCAGAACAGGGACACAUAGAAUCAGAACCCAUGUGUGAUGUUGAUCAAUCUGAUAAAUCUGAUGCAAAGUCGUAAUGUGUCUUCUUCAUUAAGUUCUAAAGCAUAACGGGUUUUGCAGGUUAUCCACCAUCCCAGUAUAACUUCCUGUAUGAGCUGCAAAAGGGAUUUCUACAUGUAGUAUCGAAAUAAAGGAUUAGUACACUGUUCUUCGGCCUCCUUUAACGCUGUUAGAAGCAGCCGAAUCGGACACUAUGGUGGAAAAACGCUCUCCCUUGACUUUUGAUUUUUCAUUAUCACUUUAAAAUGUGCACCCGGAAUGUGAACAUCUAUAUCGGGCGAAAUAGGUUGAGAUUGAGAUUUAUUUAUUCCUUCAACACAAUACAAUCAAAGUAAAUACAUGUAUCCAAUUUGUAGGGGAAAACUUUCCAAACCAACCUUUUUUUUAACAGGGACGGGGAUAACACAUUACAGCAUCAAACUAUAUAGAUGCGAUAACCAAUUAUAUUGAAGAUCAAUUUAAAGAUGUAGUUAUUAGAUUCAGUACAGGGGCCGCGGAACGGUUCUCAAAGGGGGGGGGGGGCUGACCAUGCAAAAAAUCACAAUCC